AUGUACAUCGAUACAGCGACAGCGAACAGUCGGUCUUUGAGGCCUCAGAUUAUCAUUGAGCCGACACCGUACAACGAUCGCUCGACGCCGCUUCUAGAGGCUUUUAUCAACCAGGAGACCGACAACGAGAGGCCUCCACCUAGCUAUCUUGAAGCUACAACGCCUGGCCUCAUCUCAAGUCGAUUGAGUGGCGAAGAAGGCGCAAGGCUGCUCUCCUUUGAUGGGCGAGAAGCAAGAGAUGCGAGGUUCAAAGAAGAGCAGUACAGAGGAAGAAGCCUAAGGCAGCAAUGCCUCAAGAAGACAUGGCUGAAGGUGGCUGGAACGAUACUUGCGAUGAUGCUUGUGUCGGCGAUGCUGGCCCUCAUGGUCGCAGCAGUAUCUGUUCGGAGGGACAAACAAGCUACUGUGACUACCGCCCCAUCGUCGGCACAGUCCGCACAAGGCGAUGCCGCUCACCCAGAAGGAUUCAUCGAUGACGACUCCGACAAGCCAAGCCUCAUCGCCGUCCCAUGGCCAUCGCCGUCUGCCGCGGCGCAAGCAGCACCCAAGCAAUCUUUCCCCAUCCGAUGGCCAGCAAAAUGUGGAAAGCAAUAUAAUGUUCGAACCGAGCACCACGACUUCAGUAAGGCGAGCGAGCUCAAUAUCCAAGAAGCAGUGCAUCAGCUAGACGGUUCAUACAAACGGGUAGCCGGCUGGAUACACGUCGCGCAAGCACCCCCAGAGCAGGCAGCUGGUACCAUACAGGUAAAAAUGUCCUACGCUGUAUCAUCAUCAGUCGACGUCAACAGCGUCGCAUACGCAUCCAGCUCAACCGGCAUAACCAUCGGUGAUCCCACCUUCCCUGACGGCUUCGACGGCGUACGCCCCGGCACCGCCUGUCUCGGCAUGUCGGUAGUAAUCUACAUGGCCCCAGGCGCCUCACUAUCAAACUUCAAAGUCGCAACCACACACAUGGGUAUGCAGAUCCACCCCGGCGCAAACUUCACUGUCAAAGACACAACAUCCAUCUCCACCACUACCGGUACCCUCGACGCUGUAGACUUUUCCUCUCGCCAAACAUACUUACAAACCAUCUCCGGAUCCAUAAGCGGGAAAUACGCACUGUCUGACCUCCUCUCCGUUAAGACGAAAAGUGGAUCCGUGAACAUCGACAUUGAGCCCCAAGCUGCGGCUUCAGGCUCCACGAACCCAGCCAUCUUCAUGGUAGACUCGCUAUCUGGAAGCAUUCGAACAGACUUCAAGCGCAAACACAUCCCCGACCGCGACUACCAAACCUACAUCAACACCACCGUCGGCUCCGUCGAUGGCACUUUUAUCCACGGUUCCCGCACGGAAUUCAACUCUGUAGCCGGUCUAGUCACAGCUGAUAUCCUGCCUUUCAAAUCCGGAGAUUAUCAGUCUGAGAUUUACACUUCUACACACUCGGGACAGACAACUCUGACAUUGCGCUCGCCGUACAAGGCGAAGAACGUAGCCAUGUCUGGUCUAGUCAGCACGCAUAAGAGUACGUCUGGGGGCUUGGAUGUGACGUAUCCGCCAGAAUGGUCGGGGGUUGUUGAUGGCACGAGUUUGAGUGGCGCGCUGCAUUUGCAAGGCAAGGAUUUGGAACUUUUAGGAGAGAAUGAUGAGCCAGGGAAGAACCAUGUUGAAGCGAAGAAAGGAGAAGGAGAUAGUAGCUUGAGUUUCGAUACUGUGAGUGGGGAGUGUGAGAUCAAGAUUGGCAAACUCUAG